UAGGCCGUGUGACUUCAUAUCGUCGAUUAGGCCGCUAAUAUAACUCCGCGCAGUUUGAAGAGAUCUUAGGAACGCCAAUGAUGAUACACUAUCAGCCUUCCCUAACACCAUUUCUAACCGCUGCUGUAUAGAUUGUUGGAAUAUCCUUUGCAAAAACUUCUCAAGAACCUGCUCAUAAUACGGAAACGCACGUUUGAUAAUCGUAGAUUCCUCCUGCACCACCACCUUGACUUCGUCGACCAGCGACUGAAGGCUAGAUUCAACAACUGGCGGUUCAGCGUCGGGAUCAGCUAGCUUUUCCCACGUCUCGGCAUCGCCUCCAAUUUCCUCAGUAAUGAGCUGGCUGCGGUCAAUAAAGAACUGAUGUUGAUUAACGAAUAAUCCAACAACACUGGCGCCACCGUUGAAAUCGUAUAGUACCGCUGCACAGUCGCGCAUACCAUCAAAGUUGGCUUUCCGGUAAAAGUCAUCAAACUGUUUCAGCAGAUCUUUCUCCAGAGUCUCCGAAAACUUCUCGAUAAUCUCCCUUGUAUUAGUACGUUUCGCGGUGGAAGAGCCGUUCACAGAUGUUCCGUUUAUCCCGGGAUUGCCAUUUUCCUCGCUCCAGCUUUUCGGAUCCAAUCUCUUGCUUAUCCUGAGUAAUUGCCUGGCCAUAUGCGCACACCUAACCUUUCCCUCACCGCUUCCCGAUCGCCUUAGAUUUUCCAAGAGGGUCAACUCCCCGCGGUUGCUAACUUCAUCCCAGCACUCGAUCAGGAAAUGUGCAUCCAAAGCCCUCCUCCUCUGGCGGUCCAGUUCCUCCAGCUUCUUUCCCGUCUCAACAGCAAUAUUUCCACCAGCCCCUCCGCCUGGCCCAUUGAGGGAUGUAUCCAGCUUCUGAAACGACUCGAUGGUCUGGCUUAAUUUGAGGCCAAGAGAGCUGACAUUCUGCGCAUGCUGGGCCUCUGCCCUCCUCACGGCGGCGGAUAGCUCAUUUUCUCGUAGCUCCAGGUCGCCGGACAACUCGACCAUGCGACGUUGAGCAUGUUCGAAGGUGCGAAUAAGGGGUUUGGGGUCGAAGGGUUGGUUUCCGCCAGGUCCACCUGAUCGGCGCUGGGACGCCGGGAUGGCAGUGUCUGAGAGGGACUCGAUGAAGUCUUUGACAAUGAAAUCGCGGUUGGAGAAAGUUUCGAGAGUGAAAGUUGGGCCUUUGUUGAAAAUGGACCUGGUGGCUGUGGAGCGGGCGCUCUGCGAAUUUAAGGAGGCGGUAUCUGGCAUUGUGAUGGCCCCGUUGUCAAAGGAUCAUUGGUGGGCGGGAAGAGGAACAAGCGUUUUAGUCAUAUUCAAGUAGUCGAUGUGAAGAUGCUCGUUAGUCGUAGUAAGUCAUUGCUGCAGGGUGUACUGAAAUUGUCCUGAGCAGUUGGUUUUAUGUAGUCGUCUGUCUAUCUACUGCGGAGCCGCGUUGGAAGGUUGCAGAUGGUAUAUUUAUAUUUCCACAUAGGGAUGCUACUUACUGCCACGUCCCAAAUGAAGAUAUCAAGGUAAUAAAACAGCGUGAAAAUAGAUACGGACUGUAGUUAGCCGGUAAGAAGAUCAUAAUAGGGCUUUACCUCAAUAAAUCGCCAUUUCACCAAACUAAAUACCUAAAGAAUUGAGGACGUGUGUCGCAGGUUCGCUGCUCAGCCGAGGAAAUGACGCAAAGGGCAAAUCGCCAACAUGGCGCAGACAGAAGACUAUUAAUAAACAAAUAACUAAUAUCUACUUCCGCAAUUCUCCCAAGGACAACAUUCUCCCAGCUCCGCUCAAAUACACAACUUCCAAUACGGAGGAACUAUUAGUUUCUUUCCUAGCCUGAACUCGAUAUGCAUUGAUACCCAUGGGGACCGGCCGCUGAAUUAUACCCCUAAUGCUAUUUUUUUGAAACGGAAAAUUCAACCCAAACCCCCUAGAGUUGGUCCGGAAAGAGACCUCCUAAACAAAUCACAUCUGUCGCCUUUACCAGUUCGCACACCCUCUCAUGGCUCUCCCUACAGACCCGCGUUUACGACGGAACUCACGAGUCGAUCCCUCACAGCUCACUCCCGCCGAGCGUGAGCGGCUCCUCAAACCCUACCUCCCAGAUCCAGCUGUUAUCCGUUCAGCACGCACCAGGAAUGGGAAGCAGAAGCAAAAGCAGAAGAAGAAACCCAUCCGAACAUUCCUCAAGUCGAAACUACAUUACCUUACCUACUUCCUAAUCCAUGUCUUUUUCAGCAUUUACAUCCGGUUCCGUCAAGCCUAUCAUGCCAUUAUUGAUCGGAUCCUGGCCAUCCUCUACUACCAUCACCGCACACCGGAGCUCAUACAGAAGGAUGUCCGUGGCCUGAGCCAAUUGCCGCAGCAUCUGAGCGUCGUCUUGAUGCUGGGGAACGACGAGGAUGCGUUGGAUGUGAUUAUGGACGAGGUGGCGGAGUUGGUGGCCUGGAGCUCGUGCGCUGGCAUUCCGAUGUUGAGUAUAUAUGAGAAGACAGGCAUCCUAAAAUCCUACAUCCCAACCCUCCACAAAAUAGUCAUAAGCAAGCUAUCAACGUACUACGGACCCCCCUCCCACCAACCAACCCUCCGCCUCUUCGCCCCGCACCACGCCAUCUACUCUCCAACCCUCUGCCCGCCGUCCUCAAAAGUAAACCCAGCCCUCCUCACCCUCCUCCUCCUCUCCGCCACAGACGGACGCGAAACCCUCGUCGACCUCACAAAAACCCUCACAGAAAUGGCCCAGCACGGCAAACUGUCCCCGCAAGACAUAAGUCCCAAACUCAUCGACGCAGAGCUCAGCGAGCUGACGUCCGCACCUACACCACCGCUAGCCGGCAUGCCGGGAGAUCCACACCUCGACGAGCGGAAUAGCGUCGCGUCCUCCACCGGUACGGGAACAGGGACCACCAGCACUACGGUGUCGGAUUCACCGCCGCUGUCGUCUGCGGAAACCGUAACGGCGGGCGGCGUAGAGAUGAAUGCGGCAACGGCGGCAUUGAUGAAAUCUGACCCGGAUUUGCUGAUGGUGUUUGGGCCGUUUGUGCGGCUGGACGGGUAUCCGCCGUGGCAGUUGCGGCUGACGGAGAUCUAUUGUACGGGAAAUAAGGGGGGAGUGAUUACCGGGGGUGGAGAGGCGGUUGAGUAUCAGAAGUUUCUGAAGGGUCUGUGGAGAUUUGCGAAGGCGGAGAUGAGAUUUGGGAGAUAGAUUGGGGCGGGGUGCCGGCAUUCCUAUACUUUUACUUUCACCAUUUUUUCCUUUUUGCGUCUACUUGUAUUUAUUAGUUUGUUUCCUCCUCUGGGAGUCAGUAUCAUUGCGUGGGCCCCACUUCAAUGCUGCAUUGUGGUAUAUACUCGUUUUAAGUCAUAUUAACUUCUGUGCUUUGUCUUGAGAGAUAUUGAAUGGUCAGACGGCCGGCUGCCUGGGAGAAUUUCCAUUUAUGGAUUUCUUAGUCUAUAGGGGUAGAAAUGAGCCCUGAUGCGGCGCUCUCCGGCUUUAAUACUAUAGGAAUUCUUAAGGGGUUCCUCUUAACCUCGCUUGUUUUGGGGUGCAAACCGUCAGGCUCAGGCUUUUUGUUUUUUGCCUGUAUAAAGGACAUUAUUUCUGACUGUUAAGUCAAUAGUAGCUAGAAGAGUAUAUAGAAUAACGGACACUAGCUAUAUAGUACACAUAACACACCGCACCUGAGUCCUCAUGCGCAAUAAAAAUGGAAUAUCCAGAACGACGUUCUAU